AUGCGGCGAUCAACUUUUACAGCCUGGCACCAGGGCGAGCUCUCGCCGGGUUUGGCGCCGACAAGUGGGGGCAAACACGUCGAGUUUUGCGACCGAGGCGGCUGGCCUUUUUGUACCCAGUCGGCCAAAUCGGACUUGCAACAGUGCCGCCUCACCGUUACACAGUUCGCUGGUCGUAUGGACUCGCUAACCUCAUUUCCACUUACGAACUUACUGGAGGACUUAAAAAGUGGAACCAAGACUGCUUCUCUCGAGAACCGAUGCGGUUAUGUGUAG